AUGAAUCCCACGCAGAAGCUGCCCCAGACUACACUCACCCUGGAGCCUCCAUUCCCAGAGAUAUUCACCGGGGAGACAGUCACUCUGAGGUGUGGGGUUGAGUGGGGUCCGGCUGGCUGGAAAUAUCUCUGGUACAAAGACAGUGAGGACACUCCAGUGCUCCAAACUGCUGGCCGCAGUAUAACUGGUGACAGCUACACAAUCACUGCAGCUGCUGUAUCUGACCAGGGCCAGUACUGCUGUCGAGGACAAAGAGGAGAUCAACCACUCUACUCACAGCUCAGUGAUAAAGUGACAUUAACUGUGUCUGCUGGCAAGCCAAAGCCUGCACUGACCCGGGAGCCUGCAGGAGAGAUAUCUGAAGGAGACACGGUCACCCUGAGCUGUGUGGUUGAGGGGGGCUCUGGAGGCUGGAGAUAUCUCUGGUACAAAAACAGGCAGGGAGCUCCAGUGUACCAGACUGACAGCAGCAGUGGAACUGGAGCCGGAUACACAAUCAGUGCUGCUGCUCUGCCCCACAGUGGAGAGUACUGGUGUCGAGCUGGACGGGGCAGGAACACGUCUUACUCACAAUACAGCGAAGGUGUGAAGAUACAAGUAUCAGAGCUGUUCAGCACACCCACUCUGACAGUGCUACCUGGUGCCUCAGUGUGGGAGGGAGAGGCUGUGACUCUGCAGUGUGGGGCUCACAUAAAUAAACAGGGCACACAGCUGCAGUACCGCUAUAGCAAAGACAAUGGGACUGUGAGAGGAGCUGGAUCACAGGAUCAGCACUCAAUCCCAGCGGCAGGGCUGAGAGACACAGGGAGAUACCAGUGUGAGGUGGAGGCAGCAGGGACGGGGCUGAAGAAAAGGAGUGCUUCUGUGUCACUGACUGUGAGAGAUCUGUUCUCCAGGGUGACUCUGACAGCAUCUCCAGGAGCCACAGUGAAGGAGGGAGAGGCUCUUAACCUGACCUGUGAGGCAGCAGUGAACAAAACCCCCCGCCCUGAACUCCACUACACCAUUGUGAGAGACGGGGAGCCUGUGACUAGCAGCACUGACUCUGCACUGUACAGCAUAGCCAGCACUGAGAAGAGCCACACUGGGAGCUACACGUGUGCUGUGGAGUCACAGGGAGUGAAGAAGAGCAGCCAGGAGCUACACAUUGAAGUGGAAACAUCCUGGCACAGCGCUGUUGCUAUUGGCUACAGAGUGAGCUUCACUCUGAUUCAUUUCAUUGUGUUCACUCUGCUGCUCCUUCAAUACUGCAGGAUCCAAGGUUCCCCGUGUCUCGCUGGUGGUAAGUCAAGGAAAACCUCAGAUCAGGAUCAGGAGCAGUCAGCAGAGGGGAUUGAGCUCUGCAGCCGUGUGCAGCACACUGGAGUGGAACUGGAAUAGUGCUGCAUUACCAUAGACUGGAGUGGAACUGGAAUAGUGCUGCAUUACCAGAGACUGGAGUGGAACUGGAAUAGUGCUGCAUUACCAGAGACUGGAGUGGAACUGGAAUAGUGCUGCAUUACCAGAGACUAGAGUGGAACUGGAAUAGUGCUGCAUUACCAGAGACUGGAGUGGAACUGGAAUAGUGCUGCAUUACCAUAGACUGGAGUGGAACUGGAAUAGUGCUGCAUUACCAGAGACUGGAGGAUUUUGUAAUGGUUGAUUACUUAUUGAUUGAUUUAAUACUUUGAUUUAUUUGAUUGAUUGCAUUUUUUAACUGAAGUUCAUUACUGAACUAUUUCUGUAUUCGUAAGCUAUUCUGUAAUCAAUAAACUGCUUUA